UGCCCGCCAGUGAGCGUCUGUCAAGCUGCGCUGGGUGCGGGCGGCCGCUGCAGACAGCCGGAGGCACUGGCGCUCCGCAGCGGCAUGCGAGAAGACCGGGAGCGAUCGACGGACUGAAACUGCCAGCGCUGUCGAGGAUACUUCUCCUUGAGGCUCGAGGGGACGUGUUGGAGCGAGGCUGUGAGAUACGCAGGAAGCGCUGGGCGGCUACACAAUGACCGCCAGGCAGUACCAGGUGCCGCCGCAGCUGGAAGCGUUACUGCUAGAGUUUACGGUGAACGUGCUGGUGAGCCAGCCGGCCGACCUGGUCGCCUUUGCCGUGCAGUAUUUCAGCCGGCUACGGCGAGGCAGCAGCAGCAACCAGCUAUCGCCGGCAGUUAAUAGCAGACACGAGUCGGUUUCCGACCUCGACUCGGUCAUCUCUGAGGAUGAAGCACCACCAAAGAGCUGCGCCAGCCGGCGAAAAUCGGUAUUCGCGGAGGCGUACAACCCGGAGGAGGACGACGACGAAACCCUUAAAGCGGUGGUGUACCCCAAAUCUGACGAGCAGCGCGCCAGACUUGCGGACGCCGUCCGCAACAUCUUCCUGUUUCGCUCCCUGGACCCGGCCCAGAUUCAGGAGGUGCUGGAUGCGAUGUUUGAGAAGAAGGUGUCCCCUGGUGAGGACGUCAUUCGACAGGGCGACGACGGUGACAACUUCUACGUCAUCGAGAGCGGACACUACAGCAUCUUUGUACAGACGGAUGCCUCUCAAUCGCCGGUGAAGGUGGGCAGCUACGACCAGACGGGCAGCUUCGGCGAGCUGGCGCUGAUGUACAACAUGCCACGCGCAGCCACGAUACAGGCGGACUCGGAGGGAUCGCUAUGGGCGAUGGAUCGACAGACGUUUAGAAGGAUCGUCCUCAAGAACGCCUUCAAAAAGCGGAAAAUGUACGAGCAACUCCUGGAGACAGUGCCGAUGCUCAAAACGCUAGAGCCGUACGAGCGGAUGAACCUGGCGGACGCCCUGGUGCCUCAGUCCUUCCAGCCGGGAGAGAUCAUCAUCGAACAGGGCGACGAUGCCGACGGCAUGUAUUUCGUGGAGGAGGGAACUGUGCGUAUCGCGCGAGCCGAACAUGGUCAGGAAGAAGUCCAGAUCAACACCAUCGAGAAGGGCGGCUACCUGGGCGAGCUGGCGCUCAUCACCAAGAACCCGCGCGCGGCGUCCGCCUACGCCGACGGCCCGGUGCGGCUGGCUUUCCUCGACCGCGAGGCGUUCGAGCGCCUGCUCGGUCCCUGCAUGGACGUGAUGAAGCGCGAGAUGCAGCACUAUGAGGCGGAGCUGCAGCGAGUGUUUGGUGCCAGCGUGCACAUCGCCGAACUGCGAUAAGCGGGCGUGCGGGCAGCGCACGGGCGGGCCUAGGCGGCGCGGUCGGGAUGCAGGCGAGCGGCAAGGGCGUGCGCAGCCCGUGCGACGGAGGGGGAGCGGGCGCAAGUGGAUGGUGGUGGAGCGAGAGGUGGGGAAGGGAAGUGGCUUUCCUAAUAAGUUGAUUUCGGUCGCCGUGCCCAUUCUUUGGCUUGCGUCCUGCGGUGUGGGCUCCGUGCGGACGCUGACAGGGGGUUCAGAAGCGAGUGACGGUCGCAGGUCGACUGGAAAGUGUAUAAGUGCAGGCCUUCGGCCUUCGGACGGCUACAGUGCUGUUUGUCACCCGCAAGCCCAGAUCAGCUGUGCUGCGCAUUGCGGCUGUGGGCUCAUUCACGUUCAACGUGGUGACCCGCCGGUACAAGCCAACGAGCAGUCGGAACGUCCGUGUUUGAUACCUGCCGCCUAGUCGUGUUUGGUGUGAUAGUGUAGGUCAAUGUUGUGCCUCGGAAGUUUAAGUGGGUUUGGUGUGAAAAUUGCUAUUCUGCUGCAUUCAGACGUUUCCAAAGAGACGGCUGCUGGAAUGCAAAUAGCUGAGCCUGAGCAACUGGAAUCGCUUUGGCGUGUCAAAUCGGCCCCAUCUCGCUCUGUGUUCAUACAAUAACGUCAAGACCAUGUUGUUACCAUUACACUUGGGCAGUCAUUCUCGUGCGCAGGUAUAAUCUCUGCUCUGCUGUCAUCGUCGGUGUUCGCCGCUCGGGUCUUUGCCAUGUGACGCGGCAAACCGGGGACGAUAGUGCUGCCCUCUCGUCUGUAAUGAGCAGAGUGCAGAGUCGUCUAGCGGUGGAAUGUUAUAGCAGAGCAGUUAAUCAAAACCUACUUAUUUCUGUAAAUGACCUCACCAUAUCAAAUAAAUAUGAUCCAGA